UUCCAGUGCUCCAUCGAGGACCCCACCAAGCAGACCAAGUUCAAAGGCAUGAAGAGCUACAUCGCCUACAAGCUGGUGCCCAGCCACACCGGGCAGCAGGUUCACCGCCGCUACAAGCACUUUGACUGGCUCUAUGGGCGCCUGGCUGAGAAGUUCCCCGUCAUCUCCGUGCCCCACUUGCCAGAGAAGCAGGCCACCGGCCGCUUCGAGGAGGACUUCAUCUCCAAACGUCGCAAAGGCCUGGCCUGGUGGAUGGACCACAUGUGCAGCCACCCCGUGCUGGCUCAGUGCGAUGCCUUCCAGCACUUCCUCACCUGUCCCAGCACGGAUGAGAAGGCCUGGAAACAAGGCAAGCGCAAGGCUGAGAAGGAUGAGAUGGUGGGUGCCAACUUCUUCCUGACCAUCAGUGUCCCCACGGGCCCCGGGGCCGGCCUGGACUUGCAGGAGGUGGAGAGCCAGGUGGAUGGCUUCAAAGCCUUCACAAAGAAGAUGGACGAAAGCGCCCUGCAGCUUAAUCACACGGCCAACGAGUUUGCCCGCAAACAAGUCACUGGUUUCAAGAAGGAAUACCAGAAGGUGGGGCACUCCUUUAAGUGCCUCAGUCAAGCGUUUGAGCUGGACCAGCAGGCCUUUUCGGCUGGCCUCAACCAAGCCAUAGCCUUCACUGCAGAAGCCUACGACGCCAUCGGGGACCUCUUUGCAGAUCAGCCCCGGCAGGACCUAGAUCCUGUGAUGGAUUUGUUAGCGCUGUAUCAGGGGCAUUUGGCCAACUUUCCAGACAUCAUCCAUGUCCAGAAAGGUAACACCCUUUCGUGUUUUCUGAAACGAUGGUUUUAUGUAUCAGUGCUGAAACAUGCUUCUGAGGUUCAGGUUGCUGUUUGUAUGGCGCUUUGUGAUCCGUCAGAAAGAAACUCCAGAAAUGAAAGAAUCAUCUGGUAUACAACUAGUGACGCUUGUUCAGAUAAACAGAAGUUUGUAGCACUGUCUAAGUGGUUUUUGCGUCUGGAACAGUACCUUGAGUUUGACGAUAAAAGAGUUGGAAGAGUUUUUUCAACAGAUCAAAAAGGCAGGCUUCUGGGAG